CGCAAUGUUGAUAGUGUACGAUCGACAUUGACGUUUGACAUUUUGAUAUAAGGAAUAAGGACGUGUCGAAAGUGCGACCGCCUCCGAACUUUGUUCAGGCAAAAAAUACGAAAAUUUAUACUCUUUACAAAAAAGAAAAUUCGAAAAAGUUAAACGCGUACACUAUCUACUUAGUAAAGCUAUUUUUGAUAAAAAUAAAAAGCAUAUUACUUAGAAUAUGGCAAUAUCGUUUGCAUUUAGAAGUUCGGCUGUUAACAAAGACGGGAUUUUAUAAACAAUCACUUUGUAUUAGAUCAUAGUGCGUGUGACUGUGAAUUGAAAAAAUUUUUAGAUAAGAAAUUAAUUUAAUUGAACAUAUUCAAAGCAUUUAUGAGAGGAAAUUGCUUGAAAUAUUUUAAAAUGAGCGGCGUAAACAGGGAUGCUCCUAUCGGUGUCCAAUGUUUACAAAAAUUAAAUUCCUGGCUGUGUCCUCGAUUUCAAAUAAAUAAAUUACUGUGGUAUCAAGCAAGCGUUCUUAUUCUAACAUACUUCACGUAUAUGACUUACCAUUUGACGAGAAAACCGAUAUCCGUAGUGAAGAGUGUCCUCCAUCAGAACUGCAGUGCGUUGACCCCACCGCCAGAUGUCAGACCUGGUGACGAUCAAUGGUGUAACUGGCCUCCAUUUAACACAAAUGACGCCAACACUUUGCUUGGUACUCUGGACUCCGCCUUCCUGUUCUCAUACGCUGGCGCCAUGUUUGUUUCCGGUAUGAUUGCGGAACGAGUGGACCUCAGGUAUUUCCUCUCGUUUGGGAUGUUGGUCUCUGCUGUCUUCUGUUAUCUAUUCGGCUUGGGUCGAACUCUGGACGUACACGACAUAUCGUUCUAUCUGAUAGUGCAGGCCGGUGCGGGUAUCGCUCAAACCACAGGAUGGCCUGGCACUGUGGCGAUUGUUGGCAAAUGGUUUGGCAAUGCCAAGAAGGGACUCAUUUUUGGACUCUGGAAUUCCCAUACUUCCCUCGGAAAUAUUUUAGGUACAGUAAUGGCAGCGGAAUACGUCGAAAGCGAUUGGUCACUAUCGUUCGUGUAUCCGGCGCUAGUGAUGGGCGUUGUCGCGUUUUUAGUGUUCCUAUUUUUAGUGCCGGAACCUAAGAACGUUGGUCUCUCUACGGAUAGACAAUCUCCAAACCGACCCUCACACAGAUCAGAUGACGAGGAAGAAGCCUCCCAAGUUAUUGUUGGUGACCAGGCGGCGAGCUUGAGACCGUCUCGACACUCAGCUAAUACACCCCCGUACCAAGGCGACGAUCCCACCGAGGAGACGGCGCUGCUCUCCCGCCGGUCGUCUCGCUCUCAAGGCGCGGUCUCGCUCACUCGCGCGCUGGCUAUACCCGGAGUGAUCGAGUUCUCCCUCUCGCUGUUCUUCGCGAAGCUGGUCAGCUACACUUUCCUCUACUGGCUGCCUUUGUAUAUUAAAUCUUCGACGACGCUGACUCCGAAGCAGUCAGGCGAGCUGAGCACGUCGUUCGACGUGGGCGGAGUGGUGGGCGCGGCUCUGGCGGGGCUGCUGUCGGACUGCGUGGGCGCGCCCGCGCUCGUCUGCGCCGCCUUCUACGCGCUCGCCGCGCCCGCGCUCCUGGCGUACCAGUCGUGGGGGGCCAGCUCGUACGUGUUGAACGUGGCGCUGCUGGUGGUGGCGGGCGUGCUCGUCAACGGCCCCUACGCGCUCAUCACCACGGCGGUUAGCGCGGAACUCGGCACACACAGUAGUCUCGCCGGUGACUCUCAGGCGCUGGCCACUGUAACCGCCAUCAUCGACGGCACCGGCAGCAUCGGGGCGGCGGUGGGUCCGAUGGUAGCUGGUAUCGUGUCGAGUGGUAGUUGGUCUACCGUUUUUUACAUGCUGAUCGCUUGUGACCUCAUGGCGCUGAUGCUGCUCGUGAGGAUAGCCAAAGUUGAAAUUGUCAAAAUAUGGCAGGACAGACGGCUUUCGUCGCCGCGAUCAGUUCGUAUCGAAUAGUAAACAGUAUUACUAAGUUAUAGAAUAAUUUAAAGUAAAGAGAAGUAUAUCAUAUGUCUGUGCCCGGAUGUGUCCAUUACACACAGAUGUCUUGCUGGCCUUUUUUCGCUAGAAAAACUCAUUUAUGCUUCGACCCCCCCCCCUCCCCUCCUAAGCGGGAGGGUGGGACUAACAGCAACCAAGGACCGAAAUACCCACUGCGAAACCAACGGUGCCCUGGCUCCUUCGAAAGGCGCCAUGGGAUCAUUGGAUGGGCCUAAGCCCCUUAUACUAACAAAUUAACAGUUUCGAAACAGAAUCGUUGCAGUUCAACCGUGUACCUAUUCUAGCAACGCAACGAUCCAGUUGCGGUUCAGUCGAAGUUUGAUCAGAAUAUAAUCGUGAUCAUAUUACGUUACACGUGACGACCAACCCUUAGAACGCGAGCGAAACCGCGACAAUUAGUAAAUAAUUACGCACCCUAAGUAGAACCCCUAAUUUUCAUUAUUUAAUCGUCUCAGACUAAAAAUCAUACCAUUGGAUGACUUGGUAGUAAUAUUUUAUGCCUAAUGCGUUAUCGACUCAUAAAACGAGCGCAGCCGCGAGCGACAAUUAGUUUCAUGUAUAUUCAGGGACACGUUAUACAAAGAUAUACUUCUAUUUACGUCAAUAUUAUGUUUGGUCUGCUGAGAGAAUUCCUGACAUUUAUCAACUGACCAACUGUUACUGAUAAUAAACAGUUGAUAAAACAUUGUAACAGUGCAUUUUUGAUAUCAAAAACAUUCUUUUGUUAUUUAUUGUAUAAUCAAGGACGGAUUUUGAGUUGGGGCCCC